AUGCACGCCGUCCGUGCCGCGCGCCAGCCUCUCCGUUCGGCUCUCGCCACCCCCCUCCGCGCGAGCGUCGCUCGUGCCGCCUCGGUUCCCGCCGUCCGUGGUCUCGCCACCCCCACAUCCAAGGUCGGCGCCAAUGUCUCCGACGCUCCGGUCGCCGAAGCUGAGCAGGCCGAGCUUCCGGGCUUCAAGCUCGCCCCCGCCAAGAGCACGGCCAUGACCGGCCGCCCUAUCUACCUCGACAUGCAGGCUACGACGCCCAUGGACCCGCGCGUGCUUGACAAGAUGAUGCCGCUCUUUACUGAGAUGUACGGCAACCCGCAUUCGCGCACGCAUGCCUACGGAUGGGAGGCCGAGGGUCUCGUUGAGGAGGCGCGCGAGCACGUCGCGAACCUGAUCGGUGCCGGUCCCAAGGACGUCGUGUUCACCUCCGGUGCGACCGAGAGCAACAACAUGAUCGUCAAGGGUAUCGCCAACUUCCACAAGGGCAAGAAGAAGCACAUCAUUACGACGCAGACCGAGCACAAGUGUGUCCUCGACUCGUGUCGUUUCCUCCAGACUCAGGGCUUCGAGGUCACCUACCUCCCCGUCGGACCAACGGGUCUCAUCUCUCUUGAGGACCUGAAGGCCGCCCUCCGCCCCGACACGUCGCUUGUCUCCAUCAUGGCCGUCAACAACGAGAUCGGUGUCAUCCAGCCGCUCGCUGAGAUCUCGCAGGUGCUCAAGGACUACGCCAAGGAGAACAAGGUGACCAAGGCGCUCUUCCACACCGACGCUGCGCAGGCUGUCGGUAAGAUCCCCAUCGAUGUCGAGGCCAUGGGCAUCGACGCCAUGUCGAUCUCGGGCCACAAGAUCUACGGCCCCAAGGGUGUCGGUGCCGCUUACGUCCGUCGUCGCCCGCGUGUCCGUCUUGAGCCGCUCAUCCACGGUGGUGGCCAGGAGCGUGGUCUCCGUUCCGGAACCGUGCCGGCGCCGAUCGUCGUCGGUCUCGGCGAGGCGGCGCGCCUUUGCUCGCAGGAGAUGAGCGCCGACCAUGCGCACAUCUCCAAGCUCUCGCAGCGCCUCAUCGACGGCAUCACCAAGGACGUCGAGCACGUCGUCCGCAACGGUGACCCGAAGCACGGCUACCCUGGCUGUGUCAACCUCUCUUUCGCUUACGUCGAGGGUGAGUCGCUCCUCAUGGCGCUCAAGGACGUCGCCCUCUCGUCCGGAUCCGCGUGCACCUCCGCCUCCCUCGAGCCCUCGUAUGUCCUCCGUGCCCUCGGUGCCAGUGACGACAUGGCCCACUCCUCCCUCCGCUUCGGUAUCGGACGGUUCACCACCGAGGCCGAGAUCGACAUGGUCGUCAACCGUAUCGUCCAGGUCGUCACCAAGCUCAGGGACAUGAGCCCCCUCUGGGAGAUGGUCCAGGAGGGUAUCGACCUCAACAGCGUCAAGUGGUCCGACCACUAA